AUGUAUGGAUGUCAGCUGCAAGGCUCUCCAGACGCCGCAAAACGAACCAUGCUGGAUCCCACACUCUGGCGCGCGCUUCCUGUUGUAAAGAUCGUCUUGCCACCGUGUCCCGCUGAGUGCUGUCGGGUGCACAUCCACAGAUCUCACGCCAUCGGCAAAUCGCAACGGGCUUCUAUUUCAGGGUCCUCUAACAGCGCGCCUUUGGCUCAAUGUCUGUUACCCAACAACUCCCAAGGGGAUAGCGGCCACCAACAACCAUGUGUUUCGCCGCGCGCAGGAUCGCGGUGGUGUCAGCCCUCCCCGGGUGAGUCAGCAAUGCCCUGGACGCUCCCAGCUCGAUCUGGGGAUGGCAUCGAGUCACCCCGGCCAGCCCUGGCAUUAGCUGCGAGCUAUCCAAGGGGCUGA